AAUGCCCUGAUCGAUGUGUCCACCGACUUGGCCCCUCACGAGGUUAAGUCGGACUUGCUGUUCUUGAUGGAAUUGGCUCAAGGAAUCACCGGUUGUGAUGCAUUUAAUGUUGUAGAAACCUGUACGCAGUUGUCCCAUUUGGUUAGCAACAUUUUCUACAAGAUGCCCCUUUUAAAAUCUGAUGUUUUCCAUCACAGUGGAAACACUGCCAUAUUCUUAGUGUAUUACAAAUGUACACAUACUUUCUUGCAAAUUAGUUUCUCAAGGCAGUUUCCUUUUUUGCUGUAUCCUUUCUGCUUGUAAUUAAUGUAUCACAAUUUUUUUUUUGAAGGAAAUGUUUCACAAUUUUUCAUGUGUGUGGUACAAGAUUCUAUGUGCCCAUUUCAAUUAUAUUUUCUUUAAACAUUCUCUACCGAUUUUUACAUUUAUUUUACUGGGGAAUGUUAGUAAUGCUAGUUUUUCUAUGCUGCAGGUUUAUUCUGUCAGCAACUUCAUUCCUAUCAAAAUAAAUUAUAGUUCAUGGCCUCUUGUGCUCAGCUUCUUAAAUAGCAUGGUAGAAGUUUUUUUCAAUAAAACUAAGACAAAGAUGGCUUUUAUUAGCACUGCUGAUAUUGUUACAGCCGCAAAACAGUGUCUAGAGAUCAAAAAGUAUGUUCUCUUUCCUCUGUUUUUUCCUGCUGGCAAUUCGUGAGCAAUAAUAAUUCAUUCUGUGCAGCUGUUCAUGCUUCUUUUAGUUUCUCUUUGCUUGAACCUGAUCAUUGUUUUCUUUUUGUAAAUCUUAUAUCUCGAUCGCUUUUCUUCAGCUUCCAGUUUAACUACAAAGUGAUAUUCUUAUGUUAGUUAAUUGUGUAUUUUGUGAGGCUCAUGUCUUCCCAUUUUGUCCUAUACAGACGCCUUUUGGAUGUGAAUGAGAGAAUGACAUUCUUCUUGCUCCUCUAUUACGAUGAAUAUCACAAAAGCCAAUUCUCCUGCAUAUCACAAUGGCCAGUUCACCUUAAGCUGUACGGUGAUUUCCUCUUGUCCAGCAUUCAUACCUUCCCGGUGAAAUAGGCAUAAUUUUCGCGUGUCCCCUAGCAAUGGAUUACAAUCCUUGGGCGAUUCGAAUUGUUAGCAUAAUCAACCCCCGAUUUCCAGAUUCUUGGCGGUGCGUAUCAAAUGUGCAGAUUUCCCGGUAUGAUUGAUACGUUUUUUCUGAUUCCUCAUCUUGUAUUUAUGGAUCCUUCCCUUAAUAUACCCCGGCCAAUUAUUUCAGUAUGCACGUUGGGCUAUUUAUAUUCGAUUUUGGAGAUGGAAUGAGGCACCAUCUCCAAGAUUCCUCCUAGGUAUAAUCUUAUGACUUCUUUGGCUUGUUCUUCUCUUUGUUGUUUGUUUCUAUUACUGAAAGAAGGGUCAUUUCUCACCUACAGGUAGGGCUGAACCUGCAAUAGUUUGGAAAAUCAUUCUUCAGGUAAUUUAAAUUACACGUAUUCAAGUCAAAAA